UGAUAGCCCUUCUCUUCGACUCCUCGGCAUUCACCACUUGGGACUCUGAUACUGUUUUGCUCAGUUGGUUGGUGUGUGCACCAGGAUAGUCGAGGCCAUGGACUCGAUCAGUUGUUCGAUCUGCCUGGAUCUACUGAAGGAUCCAGUGACUAUUCCCUGUGGACACAGCUACUGUAAAGGCUGUAUCAAGGGAUAUUGGAGUCUUGAUGACCAAAAGGGAAUUCACAGCUGCCCCCAGUGCCGACAGACCUUCACCCCAAGACCUGCUCUGAACAGAAACAUUCUGCUGGCUGAGUUGGUAGAGAAAUUGAAGACAGAUUUCAAAACGGUUCCCUCUGCUUCUUGUUUCUUUGGACCUGAAGAUGUGAAGUAUGAUCGUGAUGACUCAGCCGCAGCAGCAGAGAGGAAGGAGAAACAGGGGCAGCUGAGGGAGAAACGACAGCAAGUCGGGCUGACAAUCUGUGUGAGAGAGAAGGAGAUGCAGGACAUAAGACAGGCGUUGAUGUCCCUUUCACUUUCAGCACAGGCAGCAGUGGAGCACUGUGAGCUGGUCUUUGCUGAGCUGAUCCGCUCCAUUGAGAGAAGGCGCUGGGAGGUGAAGGAGCUGAUCAGCGCCCACCAGAGGGCGUCAGUAAGCCAGACUGAAGGACUCCUGGUGCGAAUGGAGCAGGAGAUAGCUGAGCUGAAGAGGAGAGACAAGGAGCUGGAGCAGCUCGCACAAACAGAGGAUAACAUUAAUUUCCUCAAGACAUUCCAGUCUCUUUGUGUGGCUCCUGGAACUGAGCUCUUACCCUAUAUCACUGCCAACCAACACUUCUCCUUUGAGGAAGUGAAGAGCUCCAUCUCUGGAAUGAUGGAGCGAAUGGAGGAUGUAUUGAAGGAGGAAAUGGUCCAGAUAACUGGAAAAGUAACGGCUGUCUCCGAAGUCUAUGUCCUCAGCCCAAGACCAGAAUUAAUGGCUGCUGCUGAAGUACAUUUUCAUCAUGAGCCCAAGACCAGAGUGGAGUUCUUGGAGAACUACUGCCAUCUCACGUUGGAUCCCAACUCGGCAUAUCAACACCUGCGUCUGUCUGAGUGCAAUAGAGAAGUGUCAUGGAGUGACAAGGCUCUGUCUUAUUCUGACCAUCCAGACAGAUUCACAGACCACUACCAGGUGUUGUGUAAAGAGGAUCUGUCUGGAACCCACUACUGUGAGGUGGAUAGGAGGGGGGAGUGUGAGGUAGCCAUCACAUACAGAAGCAUCAGCAGGAAAGGCGGAUUGGAAUGUUGCUUUGGUUCCAAUGAUCAGUCCUGGAGUUUGGUGUGUCGCAACUCGAGUUGUUCCUAUUGGCACAAUAAGAAUAGGACUGAUAUCCCUGUCCCCUGCUCCACCAGAGUAGGAGUGUAUCUGGACAGCAGGGCAGGGACUCUGGCCUUCUACAGCGUCUCGGAUACAAUGACCCUCCUCCACAGAGUCCAGACCACAUUCACUGAUGACCUCUGUGCUGGGUUUUGGGUUGGUCCUGGUUGUGGAUCAUCUGUGGCUCUGUGUUGACUGAACGUCAUAGAAUCAAGUGUAUUUCAAAUCAAAUUGUAUUUCUCAAAUGCGCCGAAUACAACAGGUGUAGGCUUUACUGUGCUUACUUACGAGCCCUUUCCCAACAAUACCUAGUUAAAAAGUAGGGAAAAAAUUAAGGAAACAGUAAGACAAUAAAAUGACGAGGUUAUAUACAAGGAGUACCUGUAGCCUAGUAGUUAGUGUUGGACUAGUAACCGAAAGGUUGCAAGAUCGAAUCCCCGAGCU